UCUUUCUCUACUUUUGACAGAUCUAACGAACUGUUUAUUUACAUUUUAUAAAAUUUAGCAAUUUAUGUAGAAAUCCAUAAUGGGUGAUACAUGAAAUAUGGAGGAAAACCUAGUUGCCGCUAACAAAUCCUGGCGUUUGCCCGAACUCUACGUAAAAGUUGAAAAUAAUGAGGAAUUGAUUCGAAAAAAACUCAGGAAAAAUGGAAAUUUGCUUCGAAAGUCUUUCCUGUCUAAAGGAAGGCGUAUAACAGAAGUGAAUAGAGAUCCCCCAAAUUACCAUCUCGAAUCUUUAAUGAAUCCGGAUUCAAACUAUAUCAAACAGGAAAAGGAAUAUAUGGCUGCAAUCGCCAGAUUAAACCAUGGCUCCACUUUCAGUAGCUUAAAGCCGGAGCCGGGAUUGCCCAGAGCAAAUUCUUCGAGCUCUUCCUCAAACCCAAAUAGCUGUCCCUUGUAUGAAUCUUUUGAGAGAGCAAACCCAAGUCCCCCUAGCUCACCGUGCUGCACAGUUAAGCAAGAACCUCCCUCUCCAGACUGCUCUGUUUCCGAAACAUUUUUCAGUGAAACCUCGAAUCCGGACAGUGACUUUCUCGCUUCGAGUGAACAUUAUUCCAAUUCAAGCAGCCAAACGACUGAUGGUUCAUCGACAUUUUCAGUCUUGGUCAAUGCUGUUAAUUCUACAAGUGCUAAACCCCUAGAUAAGACUAGUCCAAAUAUAACUAUAAAACAGGAACCCAGUGAUAGUGACCAAGACUCUAGUGCAUCGCAAUCAAAAAGUUCGAGUUCAUCCAGCUCAAGUGAAAGUAAACCCCAGUGGUCUGAAAGGGUCGCUUUUUUACGAUCAGAAGUGUUGGGAAACCCAAUGUUGCAAACUUUGUUUAAUGAUCUAUUUGAACUGAAGCGACAGUACAACAACAUAGACGAACAGGCCGUAAUGAACGAAGUGAAAGCGAUGAAGAAAAGGAAUAAAUUGCUUCUCUGAAACUGAUUGGCUGUGGGAAGUUGGAAGAGGAUACUGAGACCUGUAUGAUAACGUGAAACUUGCUAAGAAGACGUUUUUUUUAUUAGAUGCUUGAGAUUGCAAGUUUUCUUGUAUUCCGAUAUUCAAAUGAGACUGGUGGUCUGAGGCUUUUUAGUUUAAAGUUUAGAAAAUUCCAAUGUCGAUGGAAUAAGUGACUGUCUCGACAAAAGUAGCUGGACUAAAGACAUUUUACCACUGUACAUUUGUUCUUUCUAAGAGGCGAUGUUUUCAAGUUGUAAACGUUUUUGUUUUUGUCAAUAACAACAUAUUUCUCUGUGUUUCUUUAAAAAUGCUAAAAGUACCUAAGUAUGUUUGAUAGUAUCGUUAUUUAGAGCCAAUUGAUCACUCUACUGUAUAUCAAAUAAUUUGGUUUAAUGAAAGCAGAUUAUUUUAUUUCUGACAAAAAAAUUAAAAACAUAUAAUGGAUAUGUUAAGUAAAAGUUGAUAUUUAAAGAAAAAAACAUGUUUCAGUUUAAACUCAACAAUUUUUAGAGCAGUUCAGUUACUUUAUUCCCCAUUUCUAAAAAUGUUUAUACCUCUACCCAGUGGUAAAAGCUUCAAUUGAAAACGACAAUUCUAAAUUAAUAUCCUCUAAACUGCUUAAAAAACUGAAAAAAGCAAAGCGAUAGUAUGAAACUCAAGGAACAAAGCUGAUUUUCUUUACUGUAAAAGUUGGGGAAUUUUAACGCAAUUCAUAAUCAAAGCGGUUCACCAAAGUGAAAAUCUAGUUUAUGUUUAUUAUAACAUGGUUUGAUAAUGAAAAAAGUAGGCAAUUAGGAUUGAUCUUUAAAAUUUUUCUACAAUUCUUAAACAAGUUUUGUAUUUUACCAAGAAUAAACGCUGAUUCUCAUUGA